CUCGCUGCUCCUGGUCAGUCUGAUUUCACGAGUCGAUGAGGAGGUGCUCGUAGAGGGCUACACUGAGAUGGCAGCUGAAGUGGCAGUGAUGCUAGGGCACCCGGCCCCUCUGGUACUUCUCCAUUCUCCCCCAUGUUUUUAGUCAGCAGGCCUGUGGUGGUCGGGCAGGUGCAGCCAGAAGGAAGUUCUGCAGUGAAGCAAAGAAGGAAGAAAGGAGGCGGAAACAGGCCCCUUUUAGCUCUCCUGAGGUGAGCUUGCUGAGCUGCAGGCGGAGGAGGAGGGCAUUGGCAAAAAGAGAGGUGAGGCAAUGCAAAGCAAGUCACAGACCAGUGUUUCACCUAGAAGUUUUGGCAGAUUGCCUUUCUGUGCUGAAAGAGCGAGCUGGCCUAACAGCACCCUCUGGUGAGCCCUGCAAUGGAAUGAAUAGAGGAUCAGAAGCAGCAGCCUGUAUCACAAUGUCCUGUCCCUCGUGAUUAAGCUUUUUAAAUUGCUUUUCCUCGGUGAGAAUGGCAAGGAUUCGGAUUCCUAGCACAAUCGUUAUACUUUUUGUUAUGGUACAGACUGGAUUCUUACUCUUCAUGUAUACCCGGUACAGCAGCUUCAUACCUCAGUCUGAGGAGAAACCAUCUCAAGCCCACAUCCUCAUUCUCUCCUCCUGGCGUUCGGGAUCUUCUUUUGUUGGUCAACUUUUCAGCCAGCACCCCGAUGUCUUCUACCUGAUGGAGCCUGCGUGGCACGUGUGGGUUACCAUGUACCAGAACAGUGCCAAGGUCUUGCACAUGGCAGUGCGGGACUUGGUCAGGUCGGUCUUUCUGUGUGACAUGUCUGUGUUUGAUGCUUACAUGCCUUGGAAAAGAAACUUAUCCGACCUUUUCCAGUGGGCAGUGAGUCGGGCUCUGUGCUCAGCUCCUGCUUGUGACUCCUUUCAACGUACUGACAUAACCAGCGAAAUGGCAUGCAAGACUCUCUGUGGACGGUACCCAUUCAGCAAGGUGGAGGAAGCCUGUAAAACUUACAGCCACGUUGUUAUCAAGGAGGUUCGAUUCUUUGACUUGAAGGUCCUCUACCCCCUUCUCACUGAUCCAUCCCUGAAUCUCAAAAUUAUUCACUUGGUCCGUGACCCCAGGGCAGUCGUCAAAUCACGGGAACAGUCGGUCAAAGCAUUAGCUCGUGACAAUGGAAUUGUUUUGAGUACCAAUGGCACGAAAGUGGAAGACAGCAAAUACAAAGUAAUGGAAGAGAUUUGUAGAAGUCACGUUCAGAUUUAUGAAACAGCUACUCUAAAACCACCUAGUUUCCUUAAAAAUCGCUAUUUAAUGAUCCGUUUUGAAGAUCUGGUAAGAGAUCCAUUAUCAGAAAUCUCAGAAAUGUAUAAAUUUGCAGAUCUUAGUUUAACCCCCACGCUCAAAAGUUGGAUCUAUAAUAUCACACAUGGACAGGGAUCAGGAAAAAGAAAAGAAGCCUUCAAAAUCACAUCUCGAGAUGCAGUUAGUGUGUCACAGGCCUGGAGGAAUGUUCUCUCCUUCCAGAAAAUUCAGAAAAUACAGGAAGUUUGCAAAGGUGCUAUAAACAUGCUUGGCUAUCAGCUGCUGGAUUCAGAAAAAGAACAGAAAGAUCUGUCAUUGGACUUAGUGUUGCCAAGGCGACAAAAUCAAUUCAGUUGGUCAUAAUUUAAUCCAAAGCACUGAGACAUUAUUUUUGAGAUAUCUGGAGGGUGAAGGGGGGUGGGGGUGUAGAUGAUUCCGUAUUUUCUACUGUGCAGCAUAUAGGUAAUUUGAAAAUCCUUGGCUGAUGAGUUUAACUGUUUUCCUUUCUGCUGUUUUACCAUAAUGGAAGGGGUUUUUUUCUGAGUUUCUUACACCACAAAACCAAAAAAAAACCCAUCAGAAAUGCCGCGAGAUACUUGUCAGAUUGCAGAUUUACAGAUGAGCUGUGCUGUUUUCAGCAUUGUUUUAAAAAUAUAAUUUAAGUACUUCCUAUUAAAAAAGGAAUUGUCAAAGUUGUCUUUGUUCAUUGAUAAUAGUUCACUUCUGUUUUCAUGCUUUACAUAUUUAAGCAUCUCAGUUCUUAAUUUGUAUUAAUGGAACAAAGUAGAAACUCAGUUCCUUCAUUUUCUUCCAGAGUCACUGGAAGAAAAGAAGACUUCUUUCUUUUGCUUUAAAGUUGUUACGCAGUUGUGUAUUUUUUUAGACUUCUCUUGAUGUUUUAAAUUUUAAUGUAAAAGUUCUUCAAGAGCUGGGGCAACUGUAGCCGUUCUGUUGUAAAAGGCUUAAGCCAGAACUUCAUUUGUUUGUAAAUUUCUUAAUGCUUUCCCUGGAAUGGCAAAGUUUGCAACCGGAUACUUGAAUGCGAUGUUGGCACGGAGUGCAAAAAGCAAGAGAGAUGAAGAAACUUUGAGCAGAA